AUGGCUCGCAACCAAAAUCGCCGAGUCAUGCCUGGCGCUUUCUCGCAGUAUCGCGACGACGAGGCAAGCGAUUCUGACAGCUCAGCGAAGAGUUCAGUUACCGAUUUGGGAAGCAUCUUCAUGGUGUCCCACCUGUGCUUCCACUUCCUAGCGCCACGGCUACAGUGGAACCAAGUUUGGGAGGAGGUUCCCCUGGCCCUGGAAAACCUGGUCACAUGGCUCGAGCAGGGCUAUCUGCGUUUCCCAGCCUUCCUGACUUUCAAGGUAUUCUUGGUAGGAUUCCUGUUCCGAAGCCACCAAAACAACAAACAGCUCCCACCCCUCCUUCGUUCCGCCGCUCCUGAGAAAGUCCCCCCUUUCUGGUUCAAGUCUCCCCCAGGUUUUCAGCGUCAUGAAUUUCUUUUUGAUGGAAAGAAUCCAUCUAUCUUCAGCGAUCAGACACAAAGAUACCUUGAUAGUGUAAAAUGGCAAGGCUUUGAGGGCCAGAAGCCAUCGCUGUUCAGCGAUAUGAACAAACCUGUUUCUAGCGCCGAAAAUGAAUUUAAGCCCACAGGCUCUGAUAGUCAGGCUGAAACUCUUCCUGGUGGACAGUCUACACCCCUUCGCGACGGCCAGGGCCAUGCUUCCGCGAAACUCAAAGUCCAGACCAGUGAGAAGCCCGAGCCUCCCAUGGGAGUAUAUUCGCCAAAUAUGGCGAUUCAAGAGAAUCGCGCAGCCUCGGCGAAGCAUCAGUCGGACCACUUACAGGAAGAAGAAGAUGCCGUGAAUGAUGAAGACACACCCGCGAAGCGCCUCUUUCGUCAAGGCAAAUCAAGCAAUCCGACUAUGCCGAGAAUGCCUGAAAGAUACGUUCCCGAAGCUUCGAGAGCUAUCUCGCCCAUUAGGCCCAUCUUCAGUUCUUCAGAAGACUUUAUUUCAUUCGCGAAGAAAACCAUCUCUUUGAGUACGUCCGACAUGGAGGCAGUCAUGCCGACCUUGAAAACUCUGUACUACCUGAUCAUCGAUUUCACAAAGGGAGUCGCCACCAAUAUUCGGACUGGUGAAUCACUCAAGUCUGUUAUGGCGGACAACCUGCCUCGUAUUCAGACUCUUUCGCAAUUGUCUACUGCAACCAAGGAUGGCGUGCUAAAACACAAGAGGGAGCUCGACACGCUCGAGGAUCAGGUAGUAGCGGCUGAGUAUUCGAAGAGAAAAGCGGAAGAGACCAAUACUCAUGUGAACGAGUUGCGCCUUGAGAUUCUUGCUCUGGAGGACAAGCUUCAAAAGACGGAGUCAAGAGCAGACAUUGCAGAGAGUGGAGAGGAAGAUUUUCGACGCGAAGUGGACCGUCUGGAAAACGAGCAUCGCAUCAGCCUAGAUAAGAUGCGACAUGACCAUCGUGCGGAGCUGAACAACGUCCGCUCCAAAUCUGGGCGCGAUAAAAAAGCUGCUUUGGACGAGCUGAAGGCCAAGUAUGCGAAACAGAUCGAAGACGCAGAAGGAAAACUUCGACUGCACAAACAGGCCAUGGCCCGGAAUGACGAGCUUGAGACGACGAUCCGAGAUCUAGAUCGCGACAAAUACAACCUGGGUCUUGCAAAGGCUGUUGUUGAGAAAGAGCUGGAUGAGCUCAAGGGCCAGGUGGCUACUCUGAAGAUGUACGAGGAUGGGUACAAGCAGAUUGAAAAGGAGCGUGACGACUUCGAAAGCAGCUACAAUGAUAUGAAAGCUGAACGCAAUGAUCUCCUACAAGCACCUCGCGCUCUACCAGACACAACCUCGUCGUCCGACUCGGUGGCCAGUGGAUCGAAGGUCUUGCACUCAAAUGCAGGGAUUCUGAACUCGUAUGACGAAGAUCUAGGAGUCAUGGAGGCAUACUGGGACCGUCAAAAACAAUUUGCUGAGCUGGCAGUGCGCGAGACCGCAGCAGAGCUUGGGCAAAUGGAAGCGCAGAUCGCCGAAAUCACCCUCCAAAUCAACGAUUUGCAAGGAAUUGAUCAGUCAGAGAGCGAGGAGGAUGCCGAAUUUUCCGAGCCUGAAGACGACUCUGACGACGCAGCGAAGCCAGCUGCGAAGCACCCUUCAUCAGGACUUCUCGACACGUUGGCUCAACCUCUGACAGCAGAAGACGGCUACCCUGCGCUGCCAGCUACCCGCCAGGCUUUUGAGCCCACUCAACGUCAGCUACAGACAUAUGCUACCAAAGCUGCUGCGCCUCGAGCCAGUCAGCCGGGAGUACCAGGAGUAGGUCGUGCUUACGCUCAACCGUCCAACCAGGGUGCUGGAGUAACUACAGUAAAGGAAAUAUGCGCACCUGAGUCUCGCGGCUGGACAGAGGUGAGACCCCGGAGAACGAAGUAG